AUGGAAAAACAGCAACCGCCACCAGGAGGCGUCAAAGUCGACCUAGGAAAUCUCAAGAUCCAGUCUAACUCUGUCAAUCGUGAUGUCGAUUUCGGCCAGGUACUCGAGGUUCAAACAAACCCUCAAUUGGAAAAGAAGGUCUUGAGGAAAAUUGACCUCUAUCUGAUUCCUCUGAUGGGAGCAUGCUAUAUGCUUCAGUAUAUUGACAAGUUGGCCAUCAGUCAGGCAACUCUUUUCAAUCUUCGACAAGAUUUGAAUCUCAAGGGCAGCGAAUACAACUGGGCCUCAGCCAUCUUCUACUUCGGAUACUUUGGAUGGAGUUGGCCUAGCUCCUAUCUGAUCGUCAGACUUCCAUUGGGAAAAUACCUCAGUGUUGCAGUCUUUGUCUGGGGUGGAGUGUUGAUGUGCCAUGCAGCCUGCACCAAUUGGGGUGGGCUCAUGGCAGCCCGAUUCUUCCUAGGCGUUGGAGAGGCUUCAAUUGCCCCCGGCUUCGCUCUUAUUACUGGCAUGUUCUACACUCGAGGAGAACAGCCAGCCAGACAAGCAGCCUGGUUCCUUGGUAACUCUAUUGCUGUGCUUCUAGGAGGACUGAUUGCCUAUGGCAUUGGUCAUAUCCAUGUCACUUCUAUCGCCCAGUGGCAACUGUUGUUCCUUAUACUCGGUGCUGUCACCUCUGCCUACGCUUUUGUUCUAUUCUUCGCUCUGCCUGACUCGCCGGCCAAAGCAGUUUUCCUCAAAAGAGAUGAGCGUGCCAUUGCUGUGCAAAGAACAUUGAAGAAUAAGACAGGUGUGUUGGAUACAGGCAAUUUCAAAUGGGGUCAGGUUUGGAUGGCAGUCAAGGAUCUCCAAACUUGGCUCCUUGUGCUUUACACUCUUUGUGUCAACUUCUGCAAUGGUGGCAUCACCAGUUUCUCUGCAAUCAUUAUUUCUGGGUUUGGAUUCGGUCAUCUCGAGGCUCUUCUUAUUCAGAUGCCAAUUGGUGGUGCUCAGCUCGUGUUCCUCAUUCUUACAUCGGGUUUCGCUGCCAUCGUGCCAAAGAGCCGGAUUCUCAUGAUGAUCUUAAACACGGCAAUGUCAAUGAUUGGUAUGAUUCUCAUCUGGAAGCUGGAUGCCGAAAACAGAGCGGGCAAGAUGACCGGUCUCUGUCUUGGUAGUGUCUUUGCUGCCAACAUUCCUCUGUCACUGAGUCUUAUCAGUUCAAACGUGGCUGGAUUUACAAAGAAGAGCACUGUAAGCUCUCUUAUGUUUGCAGCAUACUGUGUUGGCAACAUUGUCGGGCCUCAGUUCUUCAUCCCUUCGGAAGAACCUUCUUAUGAGACUGGAAUCAAAGCGGCAAUGUCAGGCCUUGCUUUCGGAAUUUUCUUCCUGAUCUGUCUGUACGUCUAUUAUGCCUAUGAAAAUCGUCGAAGGGAUAGACUGUACGGCUCUCCGAGAGAUAUGACCGAUGGAGAAGAACUACAAGACGAGCUUUCUAACAAGACUGACCAUGAGAUUGAGAGCUUCCGAUACUUGCUUUGA